AUGACUCGUGUACUUCUGACAGGUGGAAGCGGCUUCAUUGCCGCUCAUGUACUCAACGUUCUUCUAGGCCGGGGCCACUCCGUCGUCACUACAGUUCGUUCCCAGGCCAAGGCAGAUGCUAUUCGACGAACCCACCCGAAAAUCUCCAACGACCGCUUGUCAUUUUUCAUUGUUGAAGAUAUAGCUCAACCAAACGCUUUUGACCUCGCGGUUGUCACGGACCCUCCCUUCGAGGCUGUCAUUCACACUGCCAGUCCAUAUCAUUUCCAUGCUAAAGAUGCCCAGGAGCUCUUGGCUCCAGCCAUCAUCGGCACGACAGGGAUUCUAAAAUCCGUACAGAAAUAUGCUCCUCUCGUGAAAAGAGUAGUGGUGACCUCAUCAUUUGCUGCAAUUAAUGAUGUUUUUGCCUCGUCUGCCGACAAGGUCUACUCGGAGGCAGACUGGAGCCCUAUCACAGAGGAACAAGCAAACGAUAGCCCUGCAAACGCAUAUCGCGCAAGUAAAACGUUCGCUGAGAGAGCAGCAUGGGAAUUUGUUGAGAGAGAAAAGCCCAGCUUCACACUCUCUGUAAUCAACCCGCCCCUCGUCCUGGGGCCUAUCAAUCAUAAUCUUACCUCCCUCAACACCCUUAACACCUCCAACCAACGAAUCCGGGACCUAGUCUCCGGUGCAGCAAAAGUCCGUUGUCCCCCGACAGGAAACUACCUCUUCGUCGACGUGCGGGAUCUCGGUCUAGCCCACGUACUCGCUAUUGAGAAGGAAGCCGCCGGAGGGAAACGAUUCUUCACUGUUUCUAGUCAUUUCUCGAAUGCUGAGAUUACUGAGAUCAUUAGCGAAGAGUUCCCUAAGUACAAGAAUCGUCUGCCGACUGGAGAUGCCUUGAAGCCUGGGGAGUAUUCCGCAGAUGGAGUGUAUGGGUUCGACAACACACGGGCGAGAGAGAUCUUGGGUAUUCAGUUCAGGCCUCUGAGGGAGAGUAUUGUUGAUGCCGUGAAGAGUCUAAUACCUCUGGGCGUAGACAGGAUAUGA